AUGUCUGAAACAAUCACCCAUAUCGUCCUCUUCAAGUACAAACCCUCCAUCACAUGGAGCGAAUUCGAGAGACAUUUUGAGGUCUUCUUGGCCCUUCAGCACAAAUGCGUCAAGCCAGAUACCGGUCGACCGUACAUGAAGAGCAAGAACCGAAGCUGGGAAAACUUCAGCAAAGGAAUGACGCACGGAUUUGUGCUGGAGUUUGAGAAUCAGGACGAUCUUGAUUAUUACUUGACGCAGGAUCCAGUGCAUCUCCAAUUCUCCAAGGAUGCAGCGCCCAUGAUUGAGGACUCGGUUGUCGUCGACAUCAAAGACGGCAUUCUCUUUGGCCCUGGUGCUACCAAGCCCAGUGUCAACGCGGGCAUCUUCAACGGUAGCUGUCACUGCGGCACCUGUACUUGGACUGCGGAGAUCAGUGAGCCCUCACACAUCCUUUGUCACUGCGAGACAUGUCGAAAGCUCGGGGGUGGGCCAUUUUCCAUGAAUCAGAUUAUCCAUCGGGACCAACUGCGGAUCCUCACUGGCACCCCGCAAUGCUACACAUACACUGGAGCCUCCGGAAACCCCGUCCAUUGCUACUUUUGUCCGCGGUGCACGUCGCACAUCUACCAUCACCAGGUCGUCAUGGGAGACAAGAUCAUUGUCCGAACGAUCCUCUUGGACGGAGGGCAGAGGAUGCUGCCUGGGGGUGAGAUUUUCGCUGAGGGGAAGUUGUCAUGGGUGGAUCAACUGGGGGAGGAGCUGCAUAAAAAGCUUUAG